UCCAUAUCCCUCCAAAACCCAACUCCCACAAGAUUACAAAUAUUUCCAAUACUCUAAUCACCUCCCAAAGGCAUCAUCAACCUUCAAUUAAAAAGCUUGUGAAGCAGUCCGUGAAUGUGGGAAGAUCAAUCAAAGUGUAGUACAACAAAAAUGUUACGAAUUCACUCUAAAUUUCUUCUAUCUUUUCUGCUACUUUUCUACUUCUCUCUCACUAUAAUCCCAGCAACAUACAGUGAGAAUGAUGAAGACCCAACAAUCAAAACUAUGCACCAGUUUUCUGGCUACCAAACUUCUGAACCUAAUCAUGAUUCUCUCUCCUCACUCUCCGUCGAUUCUCAAUCUUUGCAAAAACAGAUUGACGAGUUGGCUACUUUCUCUGAUUCCCCUGCACCAUCGGUUACUAGGGUUCUCUAUACUGACAGGGAUGUCGCUGCUCGGAGGUACAUCAAAAAUCUGAUGGGACUUGCAGGCCUUUCAGUAAGGGAGGAUACCAUCGGUAACAUAUUUGGUCGAUGGGAUGGUUACGAACCAGAACUUUCUGCGGUCGGAACUGGUUCUCAUAUUGAUGCUAUUCCAUAUUCUGGAAAAUAUGAUGGAGUUGUUGGUGUCCUAGGUGGUAUAGAAGCCAUUAAUGUGCUGAAGAAGGCGGGAUUUAAGCCAAAACGGGCAUUGGAGGUGAUAAUGUUCACAUCAGAAGAGCCUACCAGGUUUGGGAUCAGCUGCUUAGGAAGUCGCUUGAUAGCAGGGAGUGAGAUGCUUGAAAAAGCUCUGAAGAAUACAUUUGAUAGUCAAAAUGUGUCUUUCCUGGAUGCUGCAAAAUCGGCUGGAUACGCCAGAGAUAAUGAUGACCUGUCUAGUGUGAUUUUGAAAAACGGAUUUUACUCUGGAUUUGUGGAGUUGCACAUAGAGCAAGGGCCUAUUUUGGAAGCUGAAGGCAUUCCUAUUGGCGUGGUCACUGCCAUUGCUGCUCCUGCGAGUAUCAAAGUUGACUUUGAAGGGGAUGGAGGUCAUGCAGGUGCUGCCUUGAUGCCAAGCAGAAAUGAUGCAGGGUUAGCUGCUGCAGAGUUAGCAUUGGAUGUUGAAAAGCAUGUUUUGGAAUCUGGGUCUAUUGAUACAGUUGGCACUGUUGGUAUUCUUGAUCUACAUCCUAGAGCAGUUAACAGCAUCCCAAGCAAGGCACAUGUUGAGAUAGAUACACGUGAUAUCAAUGAAACGAGAAGAAAUCUUGUGGUUGAGAAAAUUCAUCAGUCUGCUGUUGAUAUAGCCAAAAAACGCAAAGUCAGGCUUUCAGGAUUUGAAAUUGUCAAUCAAGAUCCACCAGCUCUUGCUGACAAGAAAAUAAUCAAUGCGAUGGAAGCUUCAUCACGUGAGCUAAAUUUGGACUACAAACUGAUGGUUAGCAGGGCAUACCAUGAUUCCCUAUUUAUGGCCCGGGUGUCACCAAUGGGGAUGAUUUUCAUUCCAUGCUAUAAAGGGUAUAGUCAUAAACCUGAAGAGUAUGCAGCUCCUGAAGAUCUGGCAAAUGGGGUCAAGGUGUUGGCAUUAACCCUAGCAAAGUUGUCCCUUUCGUGAGGGUCAAUUAUAGGUCUUAGUUAGACAUGCAUUUAAUCUCUGUUUCCAGUUUCACUAAUCCUUGAGGCUUUACCCUUCGAAUAAUGUAGCGGCUACAUCAUGUAUAUGUCAUUUAGUGCUUGGAGAUUGACUAAAAAACAUCAACAAUUACUUAUAUCAUAGUUUUAAGUGCUGAACAGUGUUAUCUAUACCUUGUGGUAGAAGAUGAAUAAAAGUAAAGUCAAUCUCAAUA